AUCGGCGGACAAUCUCUAUCCGGUAUCCACAACGAAAUGGCAAGUUGGCCACUGGCAAGCGAGCUCCCAUAUCUAUCUUUCCCAAACGGUCCAUGUAGCAUGCACCUAUCCAAAUCCAACAGCUAAAGCUCUUCCACAGCUCACGUACAUGCUCCUGUAGCCGGCCUCCUCAGGCCUCAGCUCCAUUACAUAUAUUCCGUACAGCUCCAUUGCAGGCAAGGCCGGCCGGAACCAAUCAUCAUCCAUGGCUGCUCCCCUUGCUCCUCGGCCUCACGUCAUGGUGCUGCCCUUCCCUGCACAAGGCCACGUCAUGCCGCUCAUGGAGCUCUCCCACCGGCUCGUCCACCACGGGCUCCAGGUCGUCUUCGUGAACACCGACUUCAACCAUGGCCGCGUCCUCCAAGCCCUGGCGGCCGAGACAGGAGGAGGAGGAGGAGACGCCGUGCUCCCCGACGGCAUCCACAUGGUUUCGUUCCCGGACGGCAUGGGCCCCGACGGCGACCGCACCGAUAUUGCCAUGCUGGCCGACGGCUUGCCGGCCGCCAUGCUCGGCCCCCUCCAGGAGAUGAUCAGGUCCAGGAAGACCAGGUGGGUCAUCGCCGACGUGUCCAUGAGCUGGGCGCUGGACCUGGCCGACCCCGCGGCGGGUGUCCGCGUCGCCUUGUUCUCGACGUUCUCCGCCGCCGCCUUCGCGCUCCGGUUGCACGUCCCCACGCUCAUCGAGCAGGGCAUCCUCGACGAAUGCGGGAAUGUGACGAGGAACGAGACGAUCCGUCUGAGCCCGAAGAUGCCGCCGAUCGAGGCGGCGGAGAUCCCCUGGGCGAGCCUGAGCAGCUCGCCGGAGAGGCGCAAGGUGAUCAUCCAGAACCUGCUCAAGACCAACCCGGCGAUACAGCAGGCCGACACGGUCAUCUGCAACACGUUCGAGGCGAUCGAAUCGGAGGCGCUGGCCAUGGUGCCCCACGCGCUGCCCGUUGGCCCGCUGGAGGCGGCGGCGGCGUCGAGGUCGGCGGGCCAAUUCUGGCCCGAGGACCCGGCCUGCCUCCCCUGGCUCGACGCCCAGGCCCGCGGCUCCGUCGUCUACGUGGCGUUCGGGAGCUUCACCGUGUUCGACGCGGCGCGGUUCCAGGAGCUGGCCGGCGGGCUGGAGCUCACGGGCCGGCCGUUCCUGUGGGUGGUCCGGCCAAACUUCACCGCCGGAGUCGGGGAAGACUGGUUCGAAGCCUUCAGGCGCCGCGUGGAGGGCAAAGGGCUGGUCGUCGGCUGGGCGCCCCAGCAGCGCGUGCUCUCGCACCCUGCCGUCGCCUGCUUCCUGACGCACUGCGGCUGGAACUCCACCAUGGAAGGGGUGCGGCACGGGGUGCCGCUCCUGUGCUGGCCUUACUUCGCCGACCAGUUCUGCAACCAGAGCUACGUCUGCAACGUGUGGCGCAACGGCGUCAAGCUCUGCGCCGACGAGCGAGGGGUGAUGACCAAGGAGGAGAUACGGAGCAAGGUGGCGCGGCUGAUGGGCGACGAGGAGACCAGGGUGAGGGCGGCCGUGUGGAAGGACGCGGCGUGCGCGAGCAUCGCAGAGGGAGGGUCCUCGCGUCUGAACCUGCUCAAGCUCGUGGAUUUGCUUACAGAGCAGUAAUUUUUGAGAGAACAUCUCUAUGCUAAUUAGCACCGUGUUCUCUCCAAUUGCGCCGACACGUAUUAUUCAUCUAUAAUUUUCUGUCACGCAUAGCUAUCAAAUAACGUUAAGCUAAUAAUAGGUGUGUAUCCUAUAAGUGAUAUUAGAACAGUAUAUAGAUAUAAGAAAAUUAAAUUCGGCUCAUGGUCACUCGCUAGCCGUUUCUAAGAGCUGUUUUUUUUUACUCCCUCCGUCCGGAAAUAAGUGACUUGGAUUUGUAUCCGGACGGAAAGUACAUGAUAUAGUACUAAUACAUUCAAAUAAAGUUUGGGUCAUAAGAACAAGAGUCACUGCAUCCGGAGGUAUGUAACUAUAUUGAGUUAAAUCAUGUUUUAAAGACGAAAGAGCCUUUAAUUUGUAUGUGAUUUAGAUCGUGAUAUGCAAUUAAAGUUUAUAACGCCAACAUUUGCAUCUGACCGAUUAAUCAUUUCGGUGAUAUUAACUACUCCCUCUGUCCUAUAUUAAGUGAUUUUCUCACUACUAGAAAUCACAGGUUUCCCUAGGAUAUCAAUCUUCACCUAGAGCUGAUUUCUUUUUUCAAGGUAAAGUAAACGUGCAAACAGUGUAACUUUAGGUAAAGAAAAUUUGCAUCCAAAAAUAAAUGUGGAGUAAACUAUACCUAGAGGUAAUAUUAGCCUUAGGUAAAGAAUGCCACUAUAGAGAACAAAAGAUAAUUCUCAUGUCUAAAAAACAAUCUCAGCCUCCUUCCUCCUCUCGCCCCGCCGUUCCCAGCCGCCUUCCUCCGAGGACCGCCCCACCACCGUGCUCCCUUAUCCCCCCUGCCGCCGGCCCUCUACCUUCUCUUCUUCCUUCCUACCGUCUCCCUUCUUCCCCCUUUCCACAGACGCCACCGCUACCCGGCCUGGUCGCGCCGCCCUCCUCCCCAAAUCGUCGGUAAGGAGGAUCCAACUCCCUUCGUCUUCCCCAGAUCCGGCCAUCAAGGGUCCGGAUCCGGCAGACAGUGCAGCGAGCGAGGCCGCUGGUGGCCCCGCCUUCCCUUGCUGCUGGAGGAGGCGGCCAUUUCGUGCUCCGACGGCGGUGGUGGUCGCGGUCCUCUGCUUCGACAACCACCGCGCCGUUGAUGGAGCACGCCUUCGCCAUCGCUCGAAGCUCCCAUGCCCCGAUCUGCCCCGCGUCGUCCACCUCUCCGGUCGCCGCACGUCGCCAUCGCCUAAGCUCCCCCAACGUGGCUGCCCCGCCUGAGCCCGCCAAUCCAUCCAUGGAAAUAUCCAGAAUUUCUGUAAUGUCUUCUGACAUAAGCGAACUGUAUUGUAGUACAGAAAAGAAACUGCUUAAGGAUUAAGAGCAUGAUGUCAGCUCAAAUGUUUCUACCCAUGAGCCUGUUGUAGAUCAAGAUGCGUUGUUUGGAGCUUUCUUCCAUGUGUCCUGAACAGUAGCACUUAUUUUCUCCUCGCUGCUCAUGAGCAUAGAAAACUCUAGCCAUUUACUUAUUUGUUAAGGCUACAAUACAGAUGUUUUUUGGUGUAGCCGUGUAGCAGCAACACUUGAUAUUGAUCAUGAACAUGUUAUUUGGAUGAAGACAAAGAAUGAUAAACAAUUUUUGUUCUAUGCAGUUUCGAUUGGUUAA